AUGGCUUGCAAUGAUCGGCGAUCGAAUCUGGGGAAACACGUGCUCAGAUGCAAGGAAUGCAGGAUAAGCGGAAGGAGAUCCUCAACUCCUUAUCUGGUUUCCAUAUGUCCUAAGAAAAAUCAUCUCAACAUCAUGGCGAGAAGAGCUCUGCGUCUCAAGGAAGGCCAUCGAGGUAGCCAGAAUGAAGGACGACUAGCUUAUGAGGAAAUAGAGGCAGGGACGAGUGGAAGGGACACGGGUUGCCCCAUUUGUGCAAUUUUUCAUGGCUCCACCACCUAUGGUGGCACCUACAACCCCAAAGCAAGUCAUUGGCUCUCUGAUUAA